AUGGAUGACAAACAGAAGUUUGCUGAAGCCAUACAGAUGAAGCAGUUUGCUUUUUUUGGAGUAGCCGUGUCCACCAUCGCUGCUAUAACAACCAUAUUUGCUAUACCUAUGUUGUGUGUCUAUACUCAAAACGUUUACUCUGAUAUUCACGAAGAGUUGGCUUAUUGUCGUGUUAAGAAUGACGGUCUACAGAGCGAAUACAUCAAGAUGAAGCAGUUUGCUUUUUUUGGAGUAGCCGUGUCCACCAUCGCUGCUAUAACAACCAUAUUUGCUAUACCUAUGUUGUGUGUCUAUACUCAAAACGUUUACUCUGAUAUUCACGAAGAGUUGGCUUAUUGUCGUGUUAAGAAUGACGGUCUACAGAGCGAAUACAUCAAGCUUGAAAGAGCUCGUUUUAAACGUCAGCUGCCUGGUUCGUGCUGUUCAUGCGGUGUCAGCUCUCCUGGUCCACCUGGUUUGCCAGGUUUGGAUGGUGAUCCAGGCAUUGAUGGAAAGCCGGGUAUUCCUGGACCACCAGGUGCUGACGCUGAAGAUAUUGACGCAGUUCCAACUGCCGACGAUUUUUGUUACAUGUGCCAACCGUCAGCUCCAGGAAUGCCAGGACUGAUGGGAUUCAAAGGACCAACCGGUCCCCCUGGUGGGAUGGGUGAGCAAGGAGCAGUAGGUCUUCCUGGUCCUAAAGGCCCACCGGGCCCAAGGGGACUGCCAGGACGAGAAGGCGAGGUCGGUUUGGAAGGAAAACCUGGACCACCUGGAGCAGUGCGAAUACUCAAUUCACCAGCUGGAGAAGUAGGACCUGCCGGACCGCAAGGUCCGGUCGGCCCAGCAGGAGUACCCGGCUCUCCUGGUCAACCUGGUAGGCUCGGUCAUCCAGGUCCAGAUGGAGAGCAAGGGGAUGUCGGAACACCUGGAAAAGACGGUGAACCAGGUGAGCCUGGAACACCUGGAGAAGAUGGUAUGAAGGGAUUAUGUGAUCAUUGUCCGGUUCCACUCAUCCCACCUAGCUACUGA